AUGUAUGUGACGCAGCUAGCAGAUUUCAGAAACCAGACUUUCAUACUCUGUGUCCAGUGGUCACCUCACAAUGAAACCAUCCUGGCCUCCAGCGGUACCGACCGACGUCUCAACGUCUGGGAUCUCAGUAAAAUUGGGGAGGAGCAGUCUUCAGAGGACGCUGAGGACGGCCCACCAGAGCUUCUGUUCAUUCAUGGUGGCCACACGGCCAAGAUAUCAGACUUCUCCUGGAACCCCAAUGAACCCUGGGUCAUCUGCUCCGUGUCCGAAGACAACAUCAUGCAAGUCUGGCAGAUGGCAGAGAAUAUCUACAAUGAUGAGGAGCCAGACAACACACCCGCAUCAGAGCUGGAGGCUCAAGGAUGAUGAACACUCUCUGCCCAGACCAACUAAUCUGCCACCCCCUGGACCUUGGCGGUCUCCUAAUCCAAUAAUUUGUGAAAUGUCAGAGCAGCCUGUGCCCUCUCUAGUUCACACUUGAAUUUGGUGUCAUUCCACUGGCCCCUAACAGGGGCCAGGGCUCUGAACAGAAGCACAGAUUGGUAAUGCUGUUCCCCUUCAAGUGUUUUCUCUUCAGUAUUAUGAAAAGCAUUUUGUGGUAAAGGGCAUUUGAAAAUAUUCAUAGUCAUUUUUUUCAGACCCACAAAGCUCACAGGAAAACAUAAUUAAUACCACAAUAUUAAGAUGAAUGUUUGCAGCUCUUGUUGGUGGUUUUCUACCACCACUAUGCAGAUGUACAUUGCCAACUGUGAGCUUGCUACUUUCUAAGGUACAAAACACUUGGCGGUUUGGGAUUAUUCAUCAUUGCAUAAUGUGUUACAUUAUCAGUGAUGUUUCUGGCACCGAACUGCAAUAAAGCUUUUGUAAAUGUUGCUUUUCAAAAGCA